AUGAGUGGGGCACCUAAGUUGCCGAGCUCCAAAGCGCAGCUAUGGCUCAUCAAGGCCGAGUCUGCAGGCCGGACCGAGGCGUAUCAGGAGGAAGCAGAAGCAAAGGGGUUCGAGGUCCGAUAUCUCCCUCCGUUAGCGGAGCGGUAUGAGACGGCCGAGCUCGAGGAGCUGCUUUCGCGGAAAGGGAGCAAAUGGUAUGGGGUCAUUAUCACUAGCAAGCGAGGAGCAGAGGGAUGGAUCCGAGCCGUGAAGGCCUUGGAGGCUCGUGGUGGAUUUGAAUCAGCCCCGGACCUGUCCAAGCUCGCCUUCUAUACUGUCGGAACUACAUCCACCGAAGUAUUGGCAGCUUCGGGCUGCGCAAAGUCGCUCCUCCCCGAUCUCGGCCGCGUCACCUCGGCGAAGACAGCCACUCUCCUCGCCGAGCAUAUGCUGGAGCAGCUCUCCACCUUUCAGCCCGAUAGCGCUGCCUCCCGGUCGUACCUCUUCAUACGGGGUGACAAGUCUGCCAACAACCUACAGCCCAUCCUCCGGGAUGCUGGCCAUACGGUAUACGAGACACAGGUCUACAGUACCUCUCUCAACCCCGAAUUUGCCGGUCUCGUCAAGAGCGAGAUCGCUUCCCUUGCGGCAGGCGAUGCGCCGGGUCGGGACUUAUGGCUGGCCUUCUUCUCGCCCUCUUCGGCGGGAUAUGCGUUACCGUACCUCACUCCAUUGCUCGACUCCGCGGCAGUAGGCGAGACAGGUCCUCGCGUACGGGUCGCAGCGAUCGGGGAGACGAGUCGGGCGUACCUCGCUGAAAGCGGGAUAACGGUUCAUGCGGUUGCGGACCAGCCCAAUGCUCGCGGACUGGUCGGUGCGAUCACUUCGGGUUCUUGA